AUUGCGCAAUUUCAAGUUGUCCAAACAGAAAAGGAAAGCCUUCUCAUAAAGUCCACGCAUUUCCCAAUGCGAAACAUGCUCUCCUCCGGACCACUUGGAUUUCCAGAACAAUUGGAACAUCAUCCCUUAAAAUUGACAACUUCGGGGUCUGCAGCCGUCAUUUCUCUUCAAAUGAUUAUGUAGCAGGUCAGGUCACCGGAAUAAAAGCUAAAGGAGGUGCCCCAGUCUUAAAGUCAAUUGCAAUACCAACUCUGAAUCUGUGGAACAGUCCAACUGGUGAGACACAACUGCCUGAUACGGAUCGUAUGCGGAUUGACAUGGGCGCACCCAUAUGUAUUGAAUUGGAUCGAAUAGAAAUGGGUGGCACAGAAAUUCAACAAACCGUGGCGAACGUCGCAAUAAAUAGCGAUGUCACCUCAAAUAAUGAACUGCAGCUUCAUAUUGAAAUUGCCAGACUAAAAUCGGAGAUUCAAGAAUGUAAAACGGCCCUUGAGUCCAAAAACAAAACCAUACGGAGUUUACGUGUCCAGAUACAGAGAAUAACAACAGAAUAACAGAAUAACAAGUGCAACUAUCCGUUCCCGUUCAUCUCAACAUUAAAAAGAUGGUUGCAAGAGGUCUCAAUUAUACCUGGGAAAAUUAUGACUCCAGUCAUGGAUGUUAUGAGAGCUAAGUUUUUGGAAAAGUCAGAAAGGGAGCGAGUUUGCGUCCUAGCCUUAGAUGAAGUGGGCAUCAAUAAGCGUUUCGUGUAUGACAAAUCCGCAGACAAAGUGUAUGGGGGACGAGACUGUGUUCCAGUUAUCACUGCAAGAGGCUUAUUUUCUUCCUGGAAGCAGAUCCUCUACUACGAUUUAGAAAACAAGACGACAGGCCAGCACAUAACAGAAGCAAUUAAAGCAUUGUUUGAUAUUGGACUGAUUAUUAUUAUUAUUGUCGCCUUCGUAUCAGACUUGGGCACGAAAAAUCAAGGACUAUGGAAGGAGUUUGGGAUAGGAAGAGUAAAAAACGGUGAAAUAGGAGCAAAUCAUUUUCCACAUCCGAGCGACCCAACUCGAAAUGUGUAUGUUUUUGCCGAUUUUCCCCAUUUAAUUAAGCUCUUGAGAAAUUUAUGAGAAGGCUUUCCUUUUCUGUUUGGACAACUUGAAUUUGCGCAAUUUCUCCCCAUUGUCUUUUUAUAUUAAAAACGAUAGACGACAACGUGCUCAAGAAAUGUGUUAAAAAAUCAUCAAUUUUCCCCACCACCACCACCAGAAAUCAUCAUCACUACUUUAUAAAAUUACCUUAACUUCACGUAACAACAAAUUUUUUCCCCACAAUAAUCCCAAACUCGUCCCAAGCUCUCGGUCACAAAAUUUACCAUCAAUUGAGCUAACCUUAUGUAGACACGUAACUAAGUAAAAUUCAGGACCUUGGGUAAAACUAUUAAGAUGGACGAACAACCUCAUCCGUCAAAAGUUGACAACACUGAUGAGCAGCAGCAACCUAGAUCAUCCCAUGUUUUUAAACCGGAUGAGACCGGUACCUCACGCACAGCACAGCACACCCGAUUAUUUGGGUCCUUUUAUCAAUUUCUUAUUUUGUCUAUUCCUCCAGGUCAUGACGAUGAAAAUGUUUCUGAGGGGCGACAUCGACCUUCCAGAAUGAAAACGCAUGAACAGGAGUUGGCAGAAGCCGCAGAACAUCGAAAACUUUGGGUAAGUUAAAGUUAAAGUUGGCAAUAUGUUUGGUUGAAAGUAUGACUAAUUAGGAGUUUAUUUCGUUUCAAUUUACGAACAUCCCCUUACUCAAAAAAUAUAAUAAUUUUUUUCAGGCAAUGGCCGCUACGUCGGUUGCUAAUUUGAUUAAAGAGUUUUCAGAUAAACCAAUUCCUAAUCUAGAAGCUCUCCGGCAAUCAUUUCAACCAUCAACACCAGACCAGUGGUUGAAACGAAUGGAAGCGAGUAAUGAGGAUGCCAUGGCAGAACAAGAUUCUUCCAUGGAAGAAACGGACACCGAAGCACCCGUCGAGCUGUUUUACGAUAUCGAUGCAAACGACGACGAUCUGAAAGCUUUCCUGGGAGAUAGUGACGAAGAAAGUGUAGUCCAACAACCAAGCGUUUCACAAACGACAGCGAUAUCCAAGCGAAAAAGCACUAUUGCACCAAAGAAGCUUGUAGACAAAGUAAUAUCAGCCGCAAGGAAGUCAUUGGCUCCGAUAGCUCAAGCUACACGAGAAUCGGAAGAUGCAGAUCUUGAAUCUCCACCAGGAUCAAAGACAGUGGUCACAAAACGAGCCAGUUCUACUUCUGCUGUUGACGAUGGAAGUCAGCAUGGGUCGCAAGUUCGAAUUUCUGGGACCGACGGGCGCAGGGGCACAGCAGACUCUGCAAAUGAAAAACGGGGUAAGUGA